GUGGAUGGGACUGGGGCGUUUCAACAUGGGCGUCUCAGUUGCUGUGAGAUCUGGCACGACAAGGCUUACGUAUGCGAAGCGGUCCACGGUCUUCUUCGAACAGCCCGAACUGAGCGGCAAAAGGACAGACACAAACAAAAACAUGUGGCUGCGGCUGUAAAGCAAGUGCGUUUGUAAUGACCGGCAAAAGGUUGGAUUUGUAUGCCCUCUCCGGUGAAUGAACAACGAUUUGGUAGCAACGAAGCUCCUCAAAAUUUCUAAGUACGGCAGGUGAUAAAGAUCAAGUACACCCGAGUGAUUGGACGAGGAUAAUAUGGGGCUUCAUUCGGCCCAGAAAAAACACUUCCCAUUGCGGGGGAUCGACGGAGUGUUCCAGCUGUUUGAGACCGAGCUCCGGAAGCCUGAGCCUGACCUGGCCCUUCUGUCCCUUGUGCUUGGCUUUGUGGAGCACUUCCUGGCGGUGAACCGGGUCAUCCCCAUCAACGUGCCCGGGGUCCAGUUCGAGCCCCUCGAGCCGGACUGCCCGAACUCUUGCUUCCCGACGGUGGAGCUGGGCAUGAUCUCGGCGCUGCACGAGCGCUUCACGGCCCAGAUCCGCGGCGCGGUGGACCUCUCUCAGUACCGGCACCCGGCCGGGGGCUCCAGCCGGGAGCUGGUGAAGAAGGUGUCGGACGUCAUCUGGAACAGUCUGAGUCGCUCCUACUUCAAGGACCGCGCCCAUAUCCAGUCUCUUUUUAGCCUCAUCACUGGAACCAAGCUGGACAGCUCCGGCGUGGCGUUUGCGGUGGUGGCGGCCUGCCAGGUACUGGGGCUGCGGGACGUGCACCUCGGGCUGUCGGAGGACCACGCCUGGGUGAUCUUCGGGAAGAACGGGGAGGAGACCGCCGAAGUCACCUGGCACGGCAAGGGCAACGAGGACCGACGCGGUCAAACCAUCACCACCGGAGUCAACGAAAAGAGCUGGCUUUACCUCAAAGGCUCGUACAUGAAGUGUAACCGAAACAUGGAGGUGGCCUUCAUGGUGUGUGCCAUCAACCCUUCGCUGGACCUGCACACGGACAGCUCUGAGCUAUUGCAGCUCCAGCAGAAACUCCUGUGGUUGCUCUAUGACCGAGGAGACCUGGAAAGAUACCCCAUGGCCAUGGGAACCCUGGCUGAUCUGGAGGACCAGGAACCCAUCCCCGGCAAGGAGAGCCCCAUCAAGAUCCACCUCAAGGCGGUGGGUUCGGCUCAGAAGUACUACAACAACGAGCACAUCUACCCCUUCAUGUACCUGGCGGGCUUCCACUACAGGCACCGCAACGUGCGCGACGCGCUCGGGGCCUGGGCCGAGGCUGCGCAGGUCAUGCAAGAAUACAACUACUUCCGCGAGGACGAGGAGAUCUACAAGGAGUUCUUCGACAUCGCCAACGACGUCAUCCCCACCCUGCUGAAGGAGACGGCCACCGAGAGCACCGGGGAGGAGGGAGAGGAAUCGGACAAGGACCAACCCCGCCAAGCCGCCGUGUUCUCGGCCCUGCAGGACGCCGAGUGCUUCGCCCACCUGCUGCGCUUCUACGACGGCAUCUGUAAGUGGGAGGAGGGCAGCCCCACGCCCGUGCUCCAUGUGGGAUGGGCCACCUACCUGGUGCAGUCGCUCAGCCGCUUCGACUCACAGAUCCGCCAGAAGGUGUCCAUCAUCACCAAGGAGCCCGAUUCCCAGGACGAGGACGACCAGUCCAGUGACGACCCCCGGGAGGGCCGGCGGCGGGGGCCCCGUCGCGAGUCCCGCCUGGAGGAGCAGCAGCAGGGCCUCCCCUCCCUGCCUUCCUCGGGGGCCGCGUCCCCGCCGGGCCCCCUGCCCUCCGCCCCGCCCAAGAAGGCGGCGGAGGUCGGGGGCCGGCGGCGAUCGUCCCACCAGGGGGCCCCCCGUGCGGUGGACGCGGAGGGCAAGGCCAAAUCGCCCCGCAGCCCGUCGUCGUCUAACCCCUCGUCGCCGCCCCCCUCGGCCCAGCCACAAGGGUCCCUGGGGGGCCCCGUGGUGGUCUUCCAGAGCGAGAAGAUGAAGGGCAUGAAGGGGCUCCUGUGCGCGGCGAAGGUCAACUCCAGUGCCAUCAAGCUGCAGCUCACGGCCCAGUCGCAGGUCCAGAUGAAGAGGCAGAAGAGCACCCCCGCCGGGGACUACUCCAUGUCCUUCCUGAAGCGCCAGCGCAAGUCCCUCUGAACGGGGGAGCCUCAAAACGGGUCCCUCUGAACGGGGGAGCCUCAAAACGGGUCCCUCUGAUGGGGGGAGCCUCAAAACGGGUCCCUCUGAACGGGGGAGCCUCAAAACGGGUCCCUCUGAUGGGGGGAGCCUCUGAACGGGUGAGCCUCAAAACGGGUCCCUCUGAGCGGGGGAGCCUCAAAACGGGUCCCUCUGAACGGGGGAGCCUCAAAACAGUUCCCUCUGAACGGGGGAGUCUCAAAACAAGUCUCUCUGAAAGGGGAAGGGCGGGGGAGAUUCUGCUGUACUGUGAAAGCCAAAUGAUGACACGCUAGUGGAUUCCUCCAAGUUUGGUCUUUUUAUUUUAUUUUGUUGGUUUGUGAACGUUUUUUGAGCUGUGUUUUCACACAAGGGUUCGAUUCUGCUGUUUCUGCGGCCGAAUAUCUUUCUCUCCCACACACACUUGAGGUCAGUCAGUGUGCGGUGUGUGCGUGUCGAAGCCGUGCCCUCACUAACUCUACAGGCUGUGGUUCAGUUUGAAAUGUGGAAGUCCGGUCGAAUAGAGAUUUUUUGAUAACCAUCCACUUCGUCAGUAGUUCAGUACACAUCUUAGUGUGAAUAUCACCUUUUACAACCCUAGAUCAUGUUAUUUUUUUUCAUUAACACCAGUUUGAGUGAAACUUGUUGAAACUUAAUUAGGAUAGUUACCAUGUAACAUUGUCCAACUCUGCUCUAUUGUCAGCUUAUCUCGCUAGCUAUAUGUUGCCUUACUUUGCCUUUUUUUGUUCCUCCAAUGUAGGUGGCCUUUAGCUUUGAGAGUAGCUGAUGUAGACCUAUUUCUAAUGAUUAGAGAAGGAAGACCAGGCACUGUUUCAAAGGGAAUCACUUUAGGUGGGCCCCUUCUAAGUUACAAUUGCUCAAUGAACUUGUGUUUUUAAAUCGACAAGUAAUAAAAUAUUAAAACGAGAAA